AUGUCGGCACCUCGAGACGGCAAUUCUGGAAGACGGGACUCUUUCGGGGAGGAGGGGGACAGAAGGAAAAGAGACCGCUACAAACCCAAUUACGGAAGACAAGAUUCCUCGAGGGAGGCGGUUGAAGAACCGCAAAUAGACCGCUACAUGCCCGAUUACGGAGAGACGGUUGAAAGACGGCAACCAGACCGCUACGUACCCAAUUACGACUCGGCAGCCACUGGAGCAGACGAUUCGACCACCACCACCACCACCACCACCCAACCGGACGACCAGACUAGACCAGAAGCAUCGGCGCAUUCACGAGACGACGAUGACGACAAUCGCCCUGACCCCUGGUUGUCGUUCCGCCCUCGCCGCCGCCGCCGCUCGUCACCCGACUACUUGACAGGCGGCAUCCAUCCUUCCUCGAUUCCCCCUCCUCCUCCUACUCCCCGCCUCAGCAACCGCCGCGACCCGCUUCCCCCUCCUCCGCCUUACUCCCUGGACGACAACGCCGCCUACCGCGAUCGUAGUGACAGCAACCUGGCGGCGUCGAGAAGCCAGCCACGCGGAUAUGCCGAGCUCGAGCGUAGUAUCCAUCGUCGUGUUUAUCCUCGAAGCCGCCCCGAGGCCGGCCGCCUCGAAUCCAACCGCCGCCUCGAAGCCAACCGCCCCAAAGCCAACCGCCCCGAAGCCAGCCGCCUCAAAGCCAGCCUCCUCAUCGUCGUCGUCGUCGUCGUCAACGUCGCCGACCCCUCCUCCUCCUCCUCCUCCUCCUCCUCCGCCUCCGCCUCUGCCACGGCCGCGACGCCGGCGGGGGAAAACGAUGACAGCAGCCGCCAUUUCCUGAACGCUCCUGAUGUGAUGAUGACAGAUGAGACAAACGCUGACAAUCCUCCGGCGCCCAACAACCCGCGGCGGCGCUCUUCUACCCUUGCGCUCCGUGGAGGCCGGCCCCCGGCUCGCCGUUCUCCCCGCGAGGCAGCAGCAAGAUCGGACUCGGCGUAUAACUCUGAUGCGCCGGAUUUUGAGAUCUUGAAGUUUAGGCCGGAUCCGAAUAGGAGGGCGGGUAGGUAG